AGCUCAGUUGUUUGCCUUUCCUUUUGAAUUGAGCUCGAACAGAAGCUGACAACUUCCCUGGACACCUAUUAGCUGUCAACAAACUAAAGCAGAUACAUUUCGACUUUUACUUUGGAGUGUUUUACACUGAAAAGGCAACAUGCAUUGAUACGAGAUUUGAUAUUCAGCGGGGCGAUGCCACAGUUGUUUUGAAGAGUGUUUUGGACCGAAGAGUUAUUCCCAGGACCUCCUCUUUGUGUUGUGGGGACUUUCUAGCUCGGUAGCUAAUUUAGCUAAGUUAGCUAGAGGGCUGAAGAAACUCAACCGUUCAGCGGCCUUUCAGAGUUUCCUCUAUCUCUGUCUUCAAACAAAGUACCAGACAUCGAUACAGUUGUUUGGUGCCGUCUGCAGUGCCUGCCAUGGCUGACAGCAGCAUACUGACUUUGGGGACAGCUCGGAGUCUGUUGGUGGAUUCUUCGGUCUAUGACUCAAGGAUCGCCGAGACCACCAAGGACCAUAUAUUUCUGGGCAUGUCAUGCGAAGAUGGGGAAGAUAUGCUUCCAAAAGUGGAGACACGGGUCGUUCUGGUGGGAGAAGCUGGCAGGAACGAAGCCCUGGUCAAAGCACUGCAGGCCAUCAGAGUAAUGGAGGUACCCGUGGUAAAGAUAAGAGACGGCGAGGCGGGUGCCGAGGAGAAAAUGAUGAUAAAAUCUAUAGUCAAUAUGGACAUCAACACCCCGUGCUUGAUCACAGACAACGUCCAGGAGUUUGGGGAUGGAGAGAACACAGACUUUGAGACGGUCUUUGUCCUCACAAACUUUGAUUCUCCAGACUACGACUACCUCUACAAACGUGACAACCGCAUCAUCGGGCCGCCUGUCGUACUGCACUGUGCUGCAAAGGAAGAACCUCUUCAGUUUUCUUGUCGUCCUCUCUAUUCGACCACGAUGCUCAACAUGUCACUGUGCUUUACCGGCUUUAGGAACAAAGAGGAAAUGAAGAACCUGGUGAAUCUGGUACAUCAUAUGGGUGGAACCAUCAGGAAAGACUUCAGCAUCAAGAUUACUCAUCUCAUCGCCUACUCCACCCAUGGAGAGAAAUAUAGGCUGGCAGUGUGCAUGGGGACACCCAUCCUCACUCCAUCAUGGAUUCUCAAGGCCUGGGAGAGAAGAGAUGAAGCAUGCUUCCAUGCAGGAGAAGAGGAGUUCCGAACAGAAUUCAAAGUGCCUCCAUUCCAGGACUGCAUCCUCAGUUUUCUCGGUUUCUCAGAUGAAGAGAAGGCCAACAUGGAGGAGAGAACUCUCAAACAUGGUGGCAGUUAUCUUGAGGUUGGAGAUGAGAGAUGUACACACAUGGUGGUGGAGGAAAACUCAGUAAAGGAGCUGCCGUUUUCUCCUUCAAAGAAGCUCUAUGCGGUCAAACAAGAGUGGUUCUGGGGAAGCAUUCAGAUGGAUGCCCGUGCUGGGGAGUCGAUGUACCUCUAUGAGAAGAACGACAGCCCAGCCAUGAAGAAAGCUGUGUCCCUCCUGUCCCUCACCACCCCCAACAGCAGCCGUAAGCGUCGACGUCUCAGGGACACACUGGCUCAGCUCACCAAGGAGACCGAGAUCUCUCCCUUCCCUCCGCCCCGCAAAAGGCCGUCAGCAGAACACACCCUGUCCAUGGGUUCUCUGCUGGACAUCUCAAACACUCCUGACACGUGCAAAGCCUUGGCAGAAGACAGAGUAGGGAACAGUUCAGGGAGCAAAGAAGAUGAUACUGUGACCAGGAAUAGGAUGAGGAGGAGAACAACCAGGGAGAGAAGGAUUAGGACAGAGAGGGAAGAGAGGAGGAAAAGGUCAAGCUUGAGUUCAAGAACCUUUCAACAACUGGAGGAGCAGCCGCAGUCAGGAAUUUCUACAGAGAGUUCGAAGCCCUCUAAGAGCUCAACUCCGGUUUUGUCCAAGCAGUCAGCGAGGUGGCAGGUCUCCAAGGAGCUCUACCAGACUGAGAGCAACUAUGUCGACAUUUUGAGCACCAUCCUCCAGCUUUUCAAAAUUCCUCUGGAAAAAGAGGGGCAGGUAGGUGGACCAAUCUUGGCCCAAGAGGAAAUGAAGACUAUAUUUGGCUGCAUCCCAGACAUCUACGAGGUUCACACCAGAAUAAAGAGUGAUCUCGAGGAAGUCCUGACAGACUGGUCAGAGGACAAGAGUGUAGGAGACAUCAUCCUCAAAUAUUCCAGAGAGCUGGUGAGGGCCUACCCACCCUUCGUCAACUUCUUUGAAAUGAGCAAGGACACCAUUGUUCGCUGUGAGAAACAGAAGCCGCGCUUCCAUGCUUUCCUCAAGAUCAACCAAUCCAAGCCAGAGUGUGGCAGACAGACACUGGUGGAACUGCUCAUCAGACCAGUGCAGCGGCUGCCCAGUGUAGCCCUUCUCCUCAACGACAUAAAGAAGCAUACAUCAGAUGACAACCCAGACAAGAUAACGUUGGAGAAAGCUAUCGAGUCUCUGAGAGAAGUCAUGACACACAUCAACGAGGACAAGAGGAAAACUGAAGGCCAGAAGCAGAUCUUUGAUGUUGUGUAUGAAGUUGAUGGCUGUCCUGCCAACUUGCUUUCCUCCCAUCGCAGCUUGGUUCACAGAGUAGAAACCAUUGCCCUGGGAGACCAGCCAUGUGAUCGUGGGGAGCAUGUGACACUCUUCCUCUUCAAUGACUGCCUCGAGAUUGCAAGGAAGCGACAUAAGGUGAUCAAUACGUUCAAGAGUCCACUGGGACAGACGAGACCGCCUCCCCCUCUCAAGCACAUUGCAUUGAUGCCCCUGUCCCAGAUUCGGAGAGUGCUGGACUUGCAGGACACAGACGAGUGUUUGAAUGCAUUUGCCUUGGUGGUUCGCCCUCCAACUGAACAGGAGAACUUGUUGUUCAGUUUCCAAUUGGCUGGAGAGGACACCGUUAAAAGCGCCUGGCUGCGAACACUUUGUCGCCAUGUCGCCAACACCAUCUGCAGGGCUGAUGCGGAGGACAUGAUUCAGUGUACGGACCCAGACUCACUGCAAGUCAGCACCAAGGAUAUGGACAGCACCUUGAGUAAAGCCUCCAGGGCCAUCAAGAAAACUUCUAAAAAGGUGACAAGGGCCUUUUCUUUCACCAAGACCCCAAAGCGUGUGAUCCAGAGGGCGUUCAUGGCCAACAGUACUCCAGAUGAGAAGUUGCAGAGGCUGAGUUGUGAAAACCGUAUUGGCAGCAGCUCCACACUGGCUAUGUCUCGCUCUGCCUCAACAUUCAGUUUGAGUGAUUCUGCCAAGAGUAGUGCCAUGGUACAGCGAUCCAACUCUCUGGACCAUCCUCCUGUCAGAGCCAGGGUCUCUGUCUGUAUGCGAACCCCCUGCAGCCCAGCCCAAAUCCCCCCUAAUAGCCCUAUCCCCGCCCCUCGUCCUGAGCUUAGCCAAGCCAGGGUCCCUGUCUGUAUGCAAACCCCCUGCAGCCCAGCCCAAAACCCCCCACAUAGCUCUAUCGCCGCCCCUCGUCCUGAGCCUAGCCAAGCCAGGGUCCCUGUCUAUAUGCGAACCUCCUGCAGCCCAGCCCGAAACCCCCCACAUAGCUCUAUCCCCGCCCCUCGUCCUGAGCUUAGCAUAGGCCUCAGCCCUAACUAUCGCUCUAACAACCAAGAGCGCAGGUCUAUCCUUCAUGCUCCAUUAUCAACCCAAUCAGCUCAACCUCAAAUAGGCCUUUACAAUGCCAAACAGCCACCUUCUUCACCCCGCCACGUAACAACUUCCAUUCCAGCUGUUCCAAACUCCCCUCAGAGCAUCACCCAAACCACCCAGCCAAAACCUAGCCAGUAUGUGUCCAGAGCUAACCAUUUUGUGUCCAGACCCAGCCACUAUGUGUCCAGACCUUCUGUAGGGCCCCAGGCAAGGUUCCCAGCUCCUCCUCAGCCUGUCAGUGUCAAAGGCAAGACCUUUUCUGACCCGUCCAAGGGUCCUCUAGUCUCCUUGGAUCCACGCAAGGCUGUCCUGACCAGUCCUCGCAGGGAGACUCUGCUUUAAACCAUCGCUAACCUCAGUCCAGGAGUCUGACGCACACCAUUCCCCAUCAAUGGUAAAUCUGCAUUCCAUGUUUGAGAGGAAGUACCACACAUUCAGUCGUUCAACCACCCACCUCAUCUGAGGCUCUGUGGCUGCUGCUGCUCUGGAGUACCAGCAGGAGUCAAACAGCUCUCACCUGCUUUGCCUUGACAGCAGCUAAGAACAGGACCUGAAUGGACAGGUGUUUGUGUUUGAAGCUUAGGCUACCUGUAAAGUAUGACAGACUUGUUAUUUCCCCAUACUGAAGCUCUGCACUAUCCGCAUGUAGCCAUGUUUUCCAAAAAUGCACUUAAGCUAGGGACAAACUUCAGUCUGAUAUUUGACAGUAUCAGGAUUGUCCAGCUUAGUGCUCCCCGGCUGAAAUGUGGGCCUCUUCGAGUCAUCUGCCUGAUGCCGAUCAUGUGAUCCACAACAGAAAAUAUAGUUCCUUAUUGGAUCUUGCGUUGAAGAAGGCUUGGCACAUCUCCUCAAACAUGAGCAAUGCUUGAAAUAAGUGUCACUCUGACUUUUCUGGAACGGUACUACACCACGCUCGAGGCUUCAGUGCGCCAUGGCACUGAUUCUGGUAAGGUUAGCCUUACCCUUUAAAAGUGAAGGAUGCUCUGUUUUUUGAAGACAUUUGUUUAUAGAUUAUCUUGAAAUUAUUGAUUUUUUUUGUCAAAGUGAUUAUUAUCUUAUCUCCUGUUCAACCUGUUUUGUCACCACAGUGUACCUCGUUCAGUGGAGCAUUAACACUAACUAUAUAUAUAUACCAAGGUAACGCCAGUCUCUCCUGGUUUAAACGGAGACUUCAUCCUGUCCAGUAUCUCUUAAUGCCAGUUUUAUGUCGCUCUGCUUUGGAACAACCGUUAAACCUAUCCUCAGAUGUAGGGGUAUUACUAUUUAACAAACAGGCUGCAAAGCUCUUUGUAAUAUAUAUUUUAUUUAGCUAAAUUUAAAGUUGAUCUUGUGUCCCCUUUACUGUGUUGUGGCUUCUUUAAGUGACUAACUGGGUGAGAGACCCGUCACAUAAACUGACAUUUACUGUUGUUUUGCAGAGUAGACUUAACUUCUCUUGAUUCUACUUUUUUUUUCUACUUACUAACUCGCGUUAAAAAGUGUUAACCAAUGAUAGCUUAAAGCUUUUAUAAAGCUUCAGUUUUAACAUUUAAGAGAUUGAUUUGAGAGGAAUAAAAGCACAUCUACUCAUCCUCCCUGUAUGUCCGUCCACGUUUUAAACUAUCUUUUUACCUUGUCUGUAAUUGUCUGUGUCUGUAUUUGUUUAAGAAGGGAUGCUGCAUCAGUGUAUAUAUUUAUUCUGGAUCAAUACAUUUUAAAAUCUU